GGACCUAUUCCAAGUCUCAAGUCUCCCCUGUCGGUAGCUUCCGGUGCAAUUUCCCUCUCUCUCUCUCUCUCUCUAUUCUACAAUUUAAUUCCACAGAUACAAUUCUCCAAACCACCAGUAGUUGAUUUCGUAGAUAACACCCCAGUUCGAGAGAGAGAGAGAGCCGAAAAUGGCCACCGUUGGACUCUUCUCUCUCUUCACUGUCCUCGCUCUCCUCUCCGCAACCGCCCUCGCCAAGAUCGGAUUCAUGGAGAUCCGAUCCGACGGCCGAUCCAUCAUCCCCUUCGACCAGUUCGGCUUCACCCACACCGGCCACCUCCUACUCAACCUCUCCAAACUCUCCAUCUCCAAAGUCUCCGACCCCAAACCAGACCUCUCCAAAGUCGGAUUCUUCCUCUGCACCCGCGACUCCUGGAUCCACGUCCUCGAACAAGUCGCCAACGGCGACAUCACCUGCCCCUUCCAGUCCAACCUCAUCAAACGCGUCCUCACCUUCGACAAACUCCAAGCCCUAGACCGCUACGACACCUCCUUCGACGAACCCGACGCCAAUCAGUUCACUCUCGUCUUCGGCAACUGCGUCCCCGAUCUCAAAGUCUCCAUGGCCGUCCAUUCCUCCAUGUACAACCUCGAUCCCAAGACCAACCUCCGCGAUUACUUAUCAGCCGGUAGAACCAAUCUCCCUUCCAUCUUCUUCACCUUCUUCCUCGUUUACUCCUCCUUAGCUGGUAUUUGGAUCUACGUCCUUUACAAUAAGCGCUUGUCUGCUUUCCGAAUUCAUUACUUUAUGCUCGCUGUUCUAAUCAUGAAGGCAUUGAAUCUCUUGUGUGAAACCGAGGAUAAAUCCUAUAUUAAGAAAACCGGAACCGCACACGGUUGGGAUGUGUUGUUUUACAUUUUUAGUUUCCUCAAGGGAAUUACUCUCUUCACUUUGAUUGUGUUGAUCGGGACCGGCUGGUCGUUUUUGAAACCCUAUUUGCAAGACAAGGAGAAGAAGGUUUUGAUGAUUGUGAUACCCCUGCAAGUAAUAGCCAAUGUUGCUCAGGUGGUAAUCGAUGAGACGAGUCCCUUUGGUCAAGAACACAACACUUGGAAGCAAGUUUUCUUGCUGGUGGAUGUUGUUUGCUGUUGUGCCGUGUUGUUCCCCAUCGUGUGGUCUAUUAAGAACUUGCGUGAGGCGGCUACCACUGAUGGGAAGGCCGCGGUGAACUUGAUGAAGUUGACCUUGUUCAGGCAGUACUACAUUGUGGUUAUCUGUUAUAUUUACUUCACGCGCGUUGCGGUUUAUGCUUUGGAGACCAUUACGUCGUACCAGUAUCAGUGGACGAGUGUGGUGGCGGCUGAAUUGGCUACCCUUGCGUUUUACGUGUUCACUGGUUACAAUUUUAGGCCGAAGGUGCAUAACCCCUAUUUUGCGAUUGACGAUGAAGAGGAGGAAGCUGCUGCUGAGGAACUCAAGAAGCUUGAAGAUGAGUUCGAAUUGUGAUUGACCCUACGGGUAACUGUAUCAUGUUUGCGAUGAUGGUUGAUGGAAUUAUAGAAUUAGUAACUAGUAAGGCCAUGGCAGGAAUUUGCUACAUAGCAAGUUUUAUGUUUUGAUGUUGAUACGUGAACCCUUUACUUGGUAUAUCGUGUAACUCCAUGCAGUUGCUAUUUUUUAUUUUCGUUCUAUGUUUGGGAAUUUUGAUCAUGAAGCCUUAAUGUAAUAAAAGUAAUAGGUGGUUGUUUAUCAGAUAUAAUAUGUUCGAAACAAA